AUGUCAAAACCAUUUCAACCAAUCAGUGAUGUUAUCAAUACAUCAUCAUCAUCAUCAUCAAAACAUAAAACACAAUCAUUUAAUGAGAUUUAUGGAGAACCAGAAAAUUUUCUUGAAAUUGAAGUACGAAAUCCUUUAACUCAUGGAUAUGGACUGAAUUUAUUUACAGAUUAUGAGAUUGUUUGUAGAACAAACAUUCCAGCAUUUAAAAAGAGAAAUAGUAAAGUUAGAAGAAGAUAUAGUGAUUUUGUUGCAUUUAAAAAGAUAUUAGAAAAUGAAACAACUCGUGUAAUAAUACCUUCAUUGCCAGGAAAGAUUUAUUUAAAUCUGAAUAAAUUUAAUGAUUUGAAUAUUGAAAAAAGAAGACAAGGAUUAGAAAAAUUUCUAGUGAUUGUUAGUGGCCAUCCUUUAUUACAAACAGGUUCUAAAUCUUUAAUUGAAUUUAUUCAAAAUGAAAAAUGGGAUCCAAAACAAUUUGUAUAUUGA